UCCCACUACAGCUUCCGCUGAAACGACGUUUCUAUUAAAUUUGUGUAAGAAACUGUUUUGUCACGGUAAACGUAGUCAAACGUAGCCACGUACACGACACGAGUACCAAGUAUUUAGUACUUAUAUAAAAGAAUUCGGUGAAAGCUUAGAUUCCACUUCACUAGCAGUUUACUUUGAUAAAAUAAAAAAAUGAGUUACGGAUAUCAAGGACCACCGGUGAUUCAGUUUCCGGGACACAUGCCACCACCAACAUCGUUCGGGGCUCCGCCUGGUACGCCCUCUGCCCCCAGUGCUCCGCCGUAUCCCCAAAGUGGCAAUGUAGGCUUCUCAAAUGCUCCCCCGAUGUCUUUCGGAAUGCCACAACCUUAUUCUCCCUACCCUCAGACUGCGUAUCCACCGCAACCUAAUCAUCCUGUACCUGGACAGUGUCCACCUCCCCUAGCACCAGGAGGCCCUACACAGCAAACACCGUAUCCUAUGCCUAGUUCUAUGCCUUAUUCGUCUCAACAACCCCAGCAACCUUAUCCUGCUCAACCUUCUGCAUAUCCACAGCAGCAAAACUGUGGCAUGUAUCCGAAUCUUCAAGGAGCACCAGAUGCCCGAGAAUAUUUCAACCAACCUUCUCCUUACCCCGCUCCUACUACUUAUACAAAUAACGCAAGCAUGUACCAAGGCGGAAGCUAUUCUGGGGGGCAGGGCGCAGGAACAUAUUCUCCUUACGGAGGUAAAUCUGCUCCACCCCAGCAUUCUCACCCAGCCCCAGCCCCCCGGAGAAAUCAGUUUACGCCUAAGUUAUCCCCAACCGUCGUGCCCUACAGCGAUUUCGAUGCCAGGGCUGACGCGGAAGCUUUGAGAAAAGCCAUGAAGGGAUUCGGUACGGACGAAAAGACAAUCAUUAACGUACUUGCCAAUCGCAGUAAUCUGCAACGCCAAGAAAUUGCCGUCCAAUUCAAGACUCUCUAUGGAAAAGAUCUUAUAAAGGACUUGAAAUCAGAAUUGUCCGGUAAUUUCGAAAAACUGAUUCUUGAUAUGAUGAUGCCACUACCCCAGUAUUAUGCCAAAGAACUACACGAUGCGAUGUCUGGUGUCGGUACUGAUGAAUGCGUACUGAUCGAAGUACUAUGCACUAUGUCUAAUCACGAGAUUCGUGUUAUUAAACAGGCUUACGAAGCAAUGUACGGAAGAUCGUUGGAGGAUGACCUAACAGGCGAUACAUCCGGUAACUUCAAACGUUUAAUGGUAUCGUUGUGUUGUGCCAACAGAGAUGAGUCAUUCGACGUGAAUCCAUCUGCCGCGAUGGAAGAUGCCAAGGAACUUCUCCGAGCCGGCGAGCUUCGUUUCGGGACCGAUGAGUCAAUAUUCAAUGCAAUUCUCGUUCAAAGGAACGUUCCUCAACUGAAACAGAUAUUCAUAGAAUACGAAAACAUAACCGGCCACGACAUCGAAAGCGCUAUCGAGAACGAGUUCUCGGGCGACGUUAAGAAAGGCCUUCUUGCGAUUGUGAAAUGUGUAAAAAACAGAGCCGGUUUCUUCGCCGAACAGUUGUACAAGAGUAUGAAGGGUCUCGGCACGGACGACAAUCGUUUGAUCAGAUUAAUCGUCACGCGUUGCGAGGUAGACAUGGGAGACAUAAAAGAAAUGUUCAGGCAUCAGUAUAACGAGUCUUUGGAGAAUUUCAUUUCCGGCGACUGUUCCGGUCAUUAUAAGAAGUGUCUACUGGCUCUCAUUUCUUAAAAUCUGCAUAACCAGAGUAAAAGAUAAAUUUUGUCUGCAUUUAAAGUAAAUUUUCAAGUUUGAACGUGUGUACCUAUAUUUAUUGUUGACUUAUUCGUCCUUCGAUACGUUACAAAUUCGAAUGAUACGCGCUUCACGUUGAAAUGAAUCUAUAAAUGCUACUGUUCCUAUACAAAGAUGUUCACAUGCCAAUAUUUACGAACAAUCUAUAGCUUUAUACAUGUUUUACAUUAAAUUUAUUACUUAUUCCGCAUGUUCCAGACAUGUUUAAACAUUAGAAAGUAUUCAGAGUAUACGAGUCUCGUAAAAACUAGAAAUUGACUGGUUCGCGAUGAUAAGAAAAAUAUUCUUAAACGGUACUAGGUAUUUCUAUUAGAUGAUACUGUUUUUAAUACUAUAUAUUUACUGUUUCUUACUUAUAUCUAUAUAUACUAUAUUGAUACAAACAGAUACGAAUAUGAAUUCUAUUUUAAUAAUACUUGAUGUAUGUAUUGUUACGAUUCUUACCUUUACUGUACUAUGCGUCUUUGAUCUUGUUCCUCUGUGAACAUAGCUAGGUUAAAUUGUGUAACUGUCUGACAUACUUCGUGUAAUUGUGAUAUUGUUUAUUAUAAAAUCAAUAAUAUUCAAACCCAUGUAAUUAUGCACCCGCUAUAAAACAAAAUUGUAUUAUUUAUCUACAAUUUCUAGAAAUCUGUAAUUAGAGUUCUAAUUUCCUUGAAUCUGUUUAUUUCUGCUUUAAGACUUUAAUUUACUGGAAACCCACGCAACAGUAUACUUUCA